AUGAGCUUCCUACAUGGACGAAGUGGAUACGACGAUGGAACAAAGUCAGACAUCGUGAUUUCAGUUGCAUUAGACGCAGGAUCUGGUGUUACCAAAAUGUGCCUGGAAUUCGAAAAUUUCGACCGACCAAACAGUGCUCAUGGAGUUUUGGUAGUAGGAUGGUAUACGGGUCAAGACAACCACGACAACAUUCAGAAGUAUCUUGGUCCAACACUGAAACAAUUAGAUGAAUUGAAACAAGUUACUUUCACAGAAAAUGGAACAUUGGUAACAAGAGAUGUACGACUGAAGUUGGUAGGCGAUUGCAAACUCGAAUCAGCGAUGUAUCAGCACCGUGGCCAGGCUCUUCUUGAUGGUUGUUGGAAAUGCGAUUUGUCUUGGUCAAAGUCCGGACAAAAUAUGGCAACCGUCGGCACAUUCGGUUUUGACCAAAGUGGUCGCCCCAGAACUCUGGCACAGAUGAAGCGAGAUGGUUUGGAACCGUUGCUCCAUGUUGAGCCAACUGAUUCAAUCCUCCCUUCAGUGCAUUCCAUGAUGGGCGUGGUCACUUCUUAUGCUGUAGAUCAGUUAUAUGCAGAAGCCAAUAAAAUCGACUUUGGUACAGAAGAUCUUCCGGAUACAUACAACCAGCAGAUGUCUCUCUUGAAUACUGUAAUUUCACAUGAAAAAAAAAAGCGAGAUCAUGGUAGCUGGUUUACAACGAGCUGCUGAAAUCUCACGAAAAGUGAAAGAAAUUCAUGAAGUAGGAGUUGAGAACCAGGGAGCCAAGAAUAUUUCAGCCUCAUGCAGUUCACCAUUAUGCUGUGUCAGUUUUCUUCCGAAGCCUCUUCAGAAUCAGCCAAUUUUCUUCUGCUCCAACUGUCCAGCUGUCUGUCACACCAUCUGUUCAGCAUUAUUUACAGAUGAUCAAAAGCACCGAGCGUUGAAAAUGCCUACAAUAUGCCUCAGAUGCAAAGAAGGGGAAGAUAUUACAGAAGAAGAUAUGUUGGGAAUUGUCACAGAAGCAAAUGAGGAAAUUUCGGAAAGUUUGAGAAAAGAGUCAAACGAAUUGGCAGAACUGAAACAGGAAAAGGAACAUCUUCAAAAUCUUUUUAAGAAAUCAUCAGGUCAAACUCGUAAAGCAUUGGAAGCCGUGUUCAAGGCUGUAGGAUGCUACCCAUCAGUAUACUAUGGCCAAAUGAACGGAAAUCAGGUAAAAUUCGAUUGAAAUAAGAGGAUAUGAGAAUAAGAACUAUUUGAGCUUGAAAAAGACACGAAAUAUUUGACAUAGAAAAAACUAAGAAUUAAAAACCUUAGCAUCGAUUUUUGACUGAUUAUUACAAUAAAAAUUAUUAUAGAUUCGAAACUUCCUGAAGCCUGAGAGUAUCGAUAAAGUGCUUGCUGUAUUUCCAAAAACACCCGAAAUGGCUCUUAUGAAGAAAUUGUGUCUGGAUUUUUCAAAGUGUAUGGCAGCGAGCAGGAAUGCCAUCUUGUCAGAUGAAGAAAUCGCAGAACUCUCUGAUACUAUCGAAUCAUUGAAAAAUCACAUCAGACAACUUCAUCCGUAUAUGGGAGUGACAGUCAAGCUGCAUCUACUCACAGCACAUGUCAUGGAAUAUGUGAAAAUUCAUAAAACGUGGGGAAGAUCAUCGGAGCAGGGCAUUGAAUCCUUUCAUGCCCUGUUCAAUACUAUCGAGCAUAAUUUUGCAUCCGUAAAAGACGUCAAGCUUUGCACAAAACUGAUGUUGAAGCACUUCUCGGGACUCAACUACGAAUUUGACCGCGGGAAGACUUUGUAG